UGCGCGGGCUCCCUGUCCUUUCUGCUGGCUCUGCUGGUGAGGCUGGUCCGCGGGGAGAUCGGCUGUGACCUGGAGCGGAGUAAGGAGGCGGCGGCGGCGGCGGAGGAGGAGGAAGCAGCCCAGGCAGCUGAAGGGGGCGUCUUCCCGGGGCCUCGGGGAGGUGCUCCCGGGGGCGGCGCGCCGCUCGGCCCCUGGCUGCAGCCCUCCGCGCUGCUCUUCAGUCUCCUGUGUGCCUUCUUCUGGAUGGGCUUGUACCUCCUGCGCGCCGGGGUGCGCCUGCCUCUGGCCGUCGCGCUGCUGGCAGUCUGCUGCGGGGGGGAAGCGCUCGUCCAGAUUGGGCUGGGCGUCGGGGAGGAUCACUUACUCUCGCUCCCCGCCGCGGGGGUGGUGCUCAGCUGCUUGGCCGCCGCGACAUGGCUGGUGCUGAGGCUGAGGCUGGGCGUCCUCAUGAUCGCCUUGACUAGCGCGGUCAGGACCGUGGCCCUCAUUUCCUUAGAGAGGUUCAAGGUUGCCUGGAGACCUUACCUGGCGUACUUGGCUGGCGUGCUGGGGAUCCUCCUGGCCAGGUACGUGGAGCAGAUCUUGCCGCAGUACUCGGGGGCGGCUCCGAGGGAGCAUUUCGGGUCCCAGCUGAUCGCUGGGACCAAGGAAGAGAUCCCGGUGUUUAAGAGGAGGAGGCGGUCCAGCUCCGUGGUGUCCGCCGAGAUGUCCGGCUGCAGCAGCAAGUCCCAUCGGAGGACCUCCCUGCCCUGCAUCCCCCGGGAACAGCUCAUGGGGCAUUCAGAAUGGGACCACAAACGAGGGCCACGAGGAUCACAGUCUUCAGGAACCAGCAUCACUGUGGAUAUUGCCGUGAUGGGAGAGGCUCACGGCCUCAUCACUGACCUCCUGGCAGACCCGUCUCUGCCCCCCAACGUGUGCACGUCAUUGAGGGCAGUGAGCAACCUCCUCAGCACGCAACUCACCAUCCAGGCCAUUCACAAGCCCAGGGUGAACCCCAUUGUGUCCUUCAGUGAAAACUACACCUGCUCUGAUUCUGAAGAAAGCUCUGAAAGAGACAAGCUGGCUAUUCCCAAGCGCCUGAGGAGGAGUUUGCCCCCCGGUUUACUGAGACGAGUUUCAUCAACUUGGACCACCACCACUUCUGCCACAGGCCUGCCCACUUUGGAGCCUGCCCCGGUCCGGAGGGACCGAAGUGCCAGCAUCAAGCUGCAUGAAGCACCUUCAUCCAGUGCUAUUAAUCCAGAUUCUUGGAAAAACCCAGUGAUGAUGACUCUCACCAAAAGCAGAUCCUUCACUUCAUCCUACGCUGUUUCUGCCUCUAACCAUGUAAAGGCUAAAAAGCAAAAUCGACCAGGUUCCCUAGUGAAAAUUUCACCUCUUUCCUCACCCUGUUCUUCACCUCUCCAUGGGACCCCCGCCAGCAGCCCAGUCAGCAAACUUUCUUCAGUGCAGUUUCCAGAGUCUUCCGAGGCAACUGCCAAAUCAGGCCUAAGUUCUCACCGGGCCUUAACUUACACACAGAGUGCCCCUGAUCUUUCUCCUCAGAUCCUGAAUCCGCCUGUCAUAUGCAGCAGCUGUGGCAGACCAUAUUCCCAAGGGACUUCUGCCGAUGGGCCCCUGGAAAGAAGUGGGGCGGCCAUUCGGACACCAAGCAGAACAGAUGACAUCACUCAAGUUACCUCUGAUUAUGAAACCAAUAACAACAGUGAUAGCAGUGAUAUUGUUCAGAAUGAAGAUGAGACCGAGGGCCCCAGAGAGGCUCUGAGAAAGACGUCAGCUUGCAGCACCUAUGCUCCAGAGACCAUGAUGUUCCUGGACAAACCAAUUCUUGCUCCUGAACCUCUUGUCAUGGAUAACUUGGACUCAAUUAUGGAGCAACUGAAUACUUGGAAUUUUCCAAUUUUUGAUUUGGUGGAAAAAAUAGGAAGAAAAUGUGGCCGUAUUCUUAGUCAGGUAUCAUACAGACUUUUUGAAGACAUGGGCCUCUUUGAAGCUUUUAAAAUUCCAGUUAGGGAAUUCAUGAAUUAUUUUCAUGCUUUGGAGACUGGCUACAGGGAAAUUCCUUACCACAACAGAAUCCAUGCCACGGAUGUCUUACAUGCUGUUUGGUAUCUCACGACACAACCUAUUCCAGGCCUCUCAACUGUGAUUAAUGAUCACGGAUCAGCAAGCGAUUCAGAUUCUGACAGUGGAUUUACACAUGGCCAUAUGGGAUAUGUAUUCUCAAAAAUGUAUAAUGUGCCUGAUGAUAAAUAUGGAUGUUUGUCUGGAAAUAUCCCUGCCUUGGAGUUGAUGGCCUUGUAUGUGGCUGCAGCCAUGCAUGACUAUGAUCACCCAGGAAGGACUAAUGCUUUCCUGGUUGCAACGAGCGCCCCUCAGGCGGUGCUCUACAACGAUCGCUCAGUCCUGGAGAAUCAUCACGCGGCUGCCGCAUGGAACCUUUUCAUGUCCCGGCCAGAUUAUAACUUCUUAGUUAACCUUGACCACGUGGAAUUUAAGCAUUUCCGUUUCCUUGUCAUUGAAGCAAUUCUGGCCACUGACCUGAAGAAACACUUCGACUUUGUUGCCAAAUUUAAUGCCAAGGUGAAUGAUGAAGUUGGAAUAGAUUGGACCAAUGAAAAUGAUCGUCUACUGGUUUGUCAAAUGUGUAUAAAGUUGGCUGAUAUCAAUGGGCCAGCUAAGAGUAAAGAGCUCCAUCUUCAGUGGACGGAGGGUAUUGUCAAUGAAUUUUAUGAACAGGGUGAUGAAGAGGCCAGCCUUGGGUUACCAAUAAGCCCCUUCAUGGACCGUUCUGCUCCUCAGCUGGCCAACCUUCAGGAAUCCUUCAUCUCGCACAUCGUGGGUCCUCUGUGCAACUCCUACGAUUCAGCAGGACUCAUGCCAGGGAAAUGGGUGGAAGACAGUGAUGAGUCAGGAGACACGGAUGACCCAGAAGAGGAGGAGGAAGAAGCACCAAAUGAAGAGGAAACCUGUGAAAAUAAAGAAUCUCCAAGAAAGAAAAUUUUCAAAAGGAGGAAAGUCUACUGUCAAAUAACUCAGCACCUCCUGCAGAACCACAAGAUGUGGAAGAAAACUAUUGAGGAAGAGCAGCGUUUGGCGGGCAUAGAGGACCAGUCCCCCCAGCAGCAUCCCUCAGAACAGAUCCAGGCCAUCAGGGAAGAAGAUGAAGAAAAGGGGAAGCAGAAAGGAGAGGAGGCCCCAGCCCCGAAGCCAAACCAGUGACAAUGGGUAGAACGAGCUAUGUUUCCAAAUAGAGUUACUUGUCACACAGACUCUUUUCAAGCCAGCACAACACUUAGACACAACACUGUAGAAAUACAAGAAGAUGGGCAAAUGGCUACGGCAUUUGGGGAUUCUUCGCGUUUUGUGUGUUUAUUUUUACAGUGAGGUACAGGAUUUAAAAAACUCUUGCUCAGAGAAGCUUUCACAUUGUAACACCAGCUUCCAAGGAUUUUUUUUUUUUUAAAGGAAGAAGUAUAUACGUGUGUGUGUAUAUAAGCUCUCACGUAGAUCCAUGUAAAACAUAUUCACAGACACACAUGCAAACACAGACACUCUGAAAGCUGGGAUUCCUGGCCCCACAAUUUAGUAACAUUCGUAUUAAGAUAUAUAGUGGUCACUGUGAUAUACUAAAUCAUAAAGGAAAAAAAAAUGAAGGAAAACAAAUCACAAAAGGAGAUCGUGCGGCUUAGCCCAGAAACAGUACAGCAAAUGAAGUUAUGACUAAGGAGCGUUUGCUCUUAGUCCUGAGGGAUGAAGGUUCCAGAGCAUUGGUUGAAUUCUGAUACAUCCUGCCAACAUUGUAGGUGUGUGUGUGAGAUAGAAGUGAUGCUCAGGUGUAUGUACGUUUGUGUGCACCUAAAGAGAGAAUUGGCUUUGGUCGUUCACAGCAUGGCUGCAGCAGACAACUCAGCACAGGUGAACAAACAGGAUGAAGUGUGCUCUGGAGUGUCUCCGCCUCUGUUUAGCUUCAGCUGAAGCCCCUUUGCAGAUGGAGGGAAUUAGCAGGAUGAGGGACAGGGCCACAGGUCUGCUUCUCCUGCUGUCACCAGCCUUAAGCCCGGAAGACUGAGGCAUUUUCCAGUCUAGUCGCCGAAUGAAUGUAUAGGAGCUGUUUGUGAGUAUGUCUGUCAUUCACCUAAGAUCAAUUCACCAUGGAAGGGGAUGGCAUUCUUUACACAGAAACACCUCAGAAGGAGCUGGAGUCAGGUCUUUUCAUCAGGUGAGAAUUCUAAAAGGUAAUCAGAGAAGACCUGGGAAAUGACUCUUCACUAGGCUCUCCCAUGUCUUAAUUUGCUGCAAAGUGUGUGGUAGAAAAAGAAAGGAAGGCAAACAGAAACCUACUCUGGGAUAGAUGGUGAGAGAUGAAGGGGAAAUUUUUCAACCUAGGGUUUGGUAUUUAUUGACAUAGUGAAAGCCUGAUUCUUGGUGGCUGUUGAAGGUUGACUUUUAGUUGGCUAAAGUUGCAUGGACAACCCUGUUGUACUCCAUGAGGUGUGUGAUGGGGUGGCUUAUGUCUGCAACCUGGCCCAUUGUCAUGUUUCUUUUGGCAGGGAGGACUCAAGAGGGAUUUGGGGGGAUUGGGCCUAUCAUUGAAAGUCUUUUUUUGUUUGUUUUUGGUUUAUCUACACUUGUUUAUGCUGUGAGCCAAAUCUCUAUUUAAAAAGUUGAUACUCACUUUCAAUAUUUUAUUUCAUAUUAUUAUAUAUUUGUCAUUAAUAGUUACCUUGAUGUAAAUAUAAAGAUUUGUUUGUGUUUCUGUAGAUAGUUAACUUUUUUUUAAAGGGAAAAGGGAAACAAUUUUAUAAAGUUCUAUUUUAAUCACCAUUUUUAUACAUUGGAGCUAUCUCCAAGCCCAGUAAGAGUGAUGGUUCAUUUGCAUGAGGUCUAUGAACACCCACUCAUCUACCUGUUCUAAUUUAAAUAAUCAUCUGAUACAGUUAUCUUAUGCCAAUUAAAUGAGGAUGCUGCAAACAACGUUUAUUCACUAGUAAGUAACUUCGGGUAACUCUUGGAUCCGUGUCUCCCUAGCAAAAGACCGUCUUAAUCCUGAAUGUUUAUAAUCAGUGUCCCUUUCUUCCCAAGACUUUUUGCUUAUAACUUUUCCUUCAGUACAGUACUAUAGUCAAGCCUGUUCAUCAUGUAAACAACCUUAGCUUCAAGUAAAUCUAGCUUGUAAUUCCUACUUUUUAUUUCUUCUAAAAUCAUAGAAAAGAGUGUUUACAUUGAAAUGCCUUUGUUUCUCAUGAAUGGAUACUCUUCCCUUCUAAAACAAUGAUUAUACAAUAAUCCAUGGGAUUCUUAAAGUAAGGCAAAGAUAGUAUAAUCAAACAUAAAGUUUCAAGGCAACUUUCCCAAUAAGUAGGAAAAUAUGAAAAUGAUCAAAUGGAUGUAGAUUCUACCUAAAUGAGAUUAUUUUUUUUCUGGUUAAUACCAGGUCUUCAUUAUUUAGGACUUACUGAGUUUUUUUUUUCCCCUUGUAUUGCCUGUCUGUCCCUAUGUUUGCAAAACUUACUGUGAGUCAAAUACAUUUGCCAAGCAAAUUUAACUAUUUUCCUUUCGUUGCAAAUAACAGAAGGAUUUAGAAAAGCACUUAUAUUCACAUACCUCUUGUAUCUAAUUACUUAACAAAGCUAAUCUUUCCCCCUGCUCCAAAUGCCAUAAAUAUAAAAGUGAAGGGAAAGAAAUAGGUGCUGAGGAGGCAGCAAAAUACUUCUGAAUCCAUAACCGUGUAUUGGUGGUUUCAUCAAAGCUCCAGUGUAGGUAACCCCAAGUAGGAGCCAACCUGGGUGCCAGAGUAAAGGUCUAAGCAUGUGGCCUGACUUUCGUUUUGUUUGGAGUACAUGAAAUAAUGAUAGCCAAAGCAGUGAGAACCUCUUCAUUCCAGAAAUGUGCUCAUCAGUCCAGGCAGAUUAACCAUUUGUUCUUCCAAGAUAAAUUGCCCAUGUGUUAAAGCUAAAAGUCAGUUCAAAAAAAGGAAUGGAGAUUCAUCAAGUGUGUGACUUUCAUACACCCCCCACCUACAUCCCAAAGGAUGCCGAGGGCCGUGAAAAGAUACUUUCUGCUAGUGAUGGUCUCCCUGUCCUUGGUGACAGCAAUAUUACAGUGUUCCCUUCCAGCUCUAAAGCUUACUUCCUGUGGUGCCAGUGUAUUUGUUGCAAUUUACUACAUUUUUAUAUGAGCCUAAUUAUAGGUGCCAUUAGAUAAACUCAGGUCUUACAAAGGAAGGAAUGUCUAGCCCUCUUACGGAAAAGGAGAAUUGUAUGGACAGCUAUGAAGUUAAUGGUAGGAAAUGUAGGAAUUGGUGACCUUGAUGCUUGUGGUUGCUCUCUAUUCAGUAAAAGACCAGGUAUACUAAGUGUGUCACCAGUAUCAUUUCCUGCAUGCUGAUAGAAUGUCUUUCUGGUUAUCAAUCUAAGCCAACCCUGAGGAUAUAUUGUUUCCUUAGUGAAAACACCAUAUUAGCAUAUUUUAAAACUAUAAUUUGUUUUUGUAAUUUACAUAAGACCUGGUUUUGCUCUUAGUCGAAAAUGAAGACAGUAGCUCUGUGCAGGGCUUUAUCUAUGUUGGUCUUCAUCUGAAAAGUAAAGGAAUUUCCUCAUGUUUAAGAAAAUAUCUACUUUCUAAACACAAAAAUCCCCAUUAUGUCUAUUCUGUUUUGAUGGAAUUCCAGAACAAAUCCUAACCAUUGCAGUCCCAGUAAAACUAAAGAUAAGGCAUUAUAUGUCAAGUAGGCUACAUUGCACGUCUGUAUUGCCAUUUCCUCAACGCCCUUGCCUCUCUAAGAUUUGCAGUGUCCCUGUCACCUUCCCAGAGAACUUUCAUUGAAGGUAAAAGCUGUGCAAAAGGCAUGAGACUCAGGCCUAUUCUUUGUUUAAAUGAUGAAAAAAUAUAAAUUAUUUUCUAAGUAAUAAAGAUAUGAAAAUUAUCAUUGUAAAUAAAGUCUCAAGUUUGAAACAA